AUGUCGCUACACGGUUUAUCCGAUGCUGUUUCUCCUCCUCAAACAACUGCUGAGCCAGUUCAAGCUUCUGUGGCCAUCUCUGUUGCUUCGCCUCAGCUAGUGGCGUCCACGUUCGCUUCGUCCGCGUAUUAUCGGCCUCGCCAGUUUUGUCCUUCCAGCCAGCUCACAGCUCCAUUGUUUCCUCCUCGGUUGGGUUCUACAGUGUCCGUCCCUGGCCUUGUUUCGUCGCCGUCCCAACAAUUAUAUCUCCCUCAACAGGGUCAAUUUUCUGCCGUCUCAAUUCGUCCACCAUCCGGAGCUCCAACCGUUUCUUCAAUGCCUGUCGCUGCUACUCCCUCUUCUGAGUUCACCCACAGUCAAUUGCCAUCCUUCGCCGGCGUUCAACAGCCUGUUUUUUCCGAAUUGGUUCCUCCUUUGCCAUCUCAGACGCUGCAAUCAGGGUUCGUCGUUCCUCACCUUUUUUCUGUUCUGCCCCCUGUUAAUCGGGUCACGCCUCUCCGCCUCGAGUCCUUUCGGCAGGAAUUGGCUCGUCACCCUGACCUCGCUCGUGUCAACUACGUCUUGGAUGGUAUUGAGAAUGGUUUUUCAUCUGGAUUCCUCCCGUCCAUGGUCGCUCUGCGCUCCUCUGGUCGUAAUAUGAGGUCGGCCGACGAGCAUCCCGAAGUUAUCGAUGCCUAUCUCGCUACCGAAGUUGCUAAAGGACGUGUUGCUGGCCCGUUUGCAACCUCACCCUUUCCUUACCUUCAUUGUAGUCCUUUUGGAGUCAUCCCCAAAAAAGGUCAACCGGGAAAAUGGCGGCUAAUCCUCGACCUGUCUUCGCCGGAUCUACACAGUGUCAACGACGGCGUUCCCAGGGACCCGUUUUCGCUUCAUUACAUAUCUGUCGAUGACGCCGUCAAAAUUCUCGUGCAGCUUGGCCCUGGAGCCCUCAUGGCCAAAUUCGAUGUCGAGUCCGCGUACCGCAACAUUGCCAUGCGUCCCGACGAGCGUUAUCUGUUUGGCAUACGUUGGCGAGAUAAUUUCUUUGUUGACCUUGCUCUGCCGUUUGGUCUUCGUUCUGCUCCCUUUAUUUUUAACUCGGUCGCCGACUUAGUGGAGUGGAUCCUGAAGUUCAACUAUUCCAUCCGAUAUCUACUGCACUACCUUGACGAUUUCCUGAUCUUGGCUCCGACGAGCUCGUCCGAGUGUGCCCAAAGCGUUGCUGUCGCUAGAGAAGUUUUCUCCCGGUUGGGUCUCCCGCUUCACCCCUCGAAAUGCGAAGGCCCGUCUACCACGUUAACCUUCCUUGGUAUUGAGCUCGACUCCGUCUCGCAGAUGGCUCGUUUACCUCAGCAAAAGUUCGUGGCAAUUCUGCGUCUUCUUAACGAGUGGGCUAUCAAGAGAUGGUGUACGCGUAAGGAACUCGAAUCCUUGGUUGGUUCUCUUCAUCACGUCACCAAAGUCGUUCCCCCCGGUCGUUCGUUUCUUCGCCGCAUGAUCAACCUUCUUUGUGCGUUUCGGUCACCGUCCCAUCCUAUUCGUCUCAAUGUCGAGUUUCGUCGCGACCUGGCCUGGUGGUUGGAGUUCCUACAGUCCUGGAAUGGCGUCAGUUUCUUCCGGUUGCCAUCCGUCUGCGCUUUCCCCGACCUGUUCGUCGCUUCGGACUCAGCCGGUGCCACUGGUUUUGGGGCUAUUUGGAGAAAUGCUUGGUUUUCGGGCGUGUGGCCUGCUUCGGUUCCUGUUACCAACAUAACUGCUUUGGAACUUUUUCCUAUAGUCGUGGCUGCCCACGUUUGGGGUUUUCACUGGCAGCGUCUUCAGGUCCAGUUCUUGUGUGACAACGAUGCUGUGGUUGCGGUUAUCAAUUCGGGGUCGUCCAAGGAUCCGUUAACAAUGCAUCUGCUACGCCGCCUUGUCUUAGUCGCCUGCCUGUUCCAUUUCUCCAUUUCGGCCCGUCACGUACCUGGUCGUCAUAACGCUGCUGCUGAUUCGCUUUCUCGAUCUCGUUUGCAGGAAUUCCAUCAUUUCCAUCCAACGGCGGACUCGGACCCUACUCCCAUCCCCUCAGCGUUGGUGACCGAUCUGCUCAACGUGAGCUAG